CUUCUACCUUGGACUAUCGACCAGAAGGAGCUGGUGUUUAUCGACAGCAUGGGAUUGCCACACGUGCUCGGCGCGCCGCCGACCGCAGAAGAAACGCAGGUAACAAUUCCGUUCCCAGCACCCACGAAGCAGGUUGCAGGAGACGUCAAUGGUGUCAAGACCGACGUUAUGAGUAUGUCGUUUGCGGACAAGAUAAUGAUCACAAUUACACAAAAUGGGAGACUUUCGCAAUGGGUUACCGUGCCACUUCUCAGCGAGAAUCCAACGGACUCGGAUCCAUAUUUCCAAACGAACCGCUCGGGAGAUGAUGCUCUUCUUCCAUCGACUCGGUUUUCUCCACGGACACUGCUUGGGGCUGGUGGUUCCGAUCGCGAGGCGAUGGGUCAGCUGUACGCCUCUCAAAUCGCAAAUGCCAUCAUCACCAAGUCGCCGGAGGAGAACCGCCAGUUGAUGCUCGGAUUGGGUCUUGCCAAAGUCGAGCUGGAGAGGGACGUCUUCUUACAGAUUGUCGACCUUGUCCUAUCCGUACUCUGAGCGAUAGAAGCCCCCUCCAACAGUAUCAGUCGUCGUUGACAGCAUCGAUCAGACACGGCGUUCGUGCGUGCCAGAUCCUCCUUCCGGAGCCUGUGCUCACGGAAUCCCCUGACUUGGCGCGCCGAGCCUUGAUCUCCUCGACUGAUGCAGUUAUGUUGUAAUCGCCCGGUACAAGUGCUAUGAUGCCCAGCUCGGCCACGGCCGUCCCGCCAGAUUCCACGGCAGGAUGCAAAGCGCGCUGGAGCACUCCAGACCACAGAAACCGUCGAGAAAGAUCCAGCGCUAUAGUAUGUGGCUGAUUUCGAAGUGAGGGCUGGAGCCGGAGAAGGAGUCGAAGGCUAUCCUGAGUACGGUUGUGCACCUUGACUGAUAAGGUCGCGAACGUCUCGGAUUUGAGGAUAAAAUGUGAUCUCCCAAUUUGUCUCACGGGAGUACUUGCGUCGCCAUCAGCCCGGUUCCCUUGCCCAUCACAGGGCUGGAGAGCAUAAGUCAAGUCGACAUGAUCCAACUUCAGAACAUCAACUAGUCGCGGGCUCAGUCUGAUACCUUUCCGAAGAUCGAUCUCUCCACAACGGCCCGAGCUUUCGUCCUUCCAGGUGCCUCGCAAACACUUCAGGAGCUCUUCGCGGUACCAGAAUGACUCCCUACUUGCGGCUUCUGCUUCAGCACUCAGUUUAGACGUCGUCACGACAAACUGCUUUUGCGUCUCGAGGCUGGGUAUUUGGGCGUGAGAAUCCUCAAUGAACAGACGUGGUAUCAGCAGCACAACCCGGGUGAUGUAGCCUGGCUGCAACGUUUCAAGAACUGUAAACGCUUCCUCCCAUUCUGUCUUCUCGAGGUCUGAAUUCAAACUCCGCUUUCGGGCUUGUAUGUCGAUGCUGAGGGGUCGUGGCCAAACGUUACGCAAAUCUAAUGACAACAUGCAAUAGUUAUCCGAGCCUGUCCCUAUAUCGUUGUACCAAUCAGAAAGUGCGAAGAUGUUGUUUUUUGUGGUUUGGACGGGCGGAUGUGGGCCUUGCUCGCUGCCGUGUCUUAGUGUGGUGUUCGAUCUCCAAGCAAAGUCGCUAUGAAUUGGCAAGAUGUUACAUCGUGGUAUCUCGAUGCUGCCGUUAACAGUAAUGGAGAGUGAAAAGCGGACCUGUCUCGUAUAGAACGUUCCCUUCACUUCCUGGGAGGGCGAACCGAGAUACGCGUAGUCUGCCUGCACCGUGGCACUGACGAGACCUGGUCGACCGACAAUGGUGACUUCGUAGAUGCCGGCUUGCCCUGGCCCAAGGAUUGUCGCUGACGAGCCCACGUUCCUUUUCCUGACCACCACGGCAGGGCUUUCAACCAACUGCUUUUGGACUUCAUGGAUCUCGGCAGAGCUCAGAUCUUUAUUUGAAAGCGCUUCCUGCAGCCUUGAGCUAACAGAGUCUUCAGUGGUUACCAAGAUAAAAUCAGCCGGCACAUCAGUGCUCUUGUUGAAUAGCUUGAGAU